AUGCCGCACUAUUCUCCGCUACCGGAGACCCAGGCAAACUACACGUCCCCGUAUGGCACAUACACACCAGCACAUGAUCGACUCACAGGACGACCUGAUUUCCAAAGUGCCUCAUCACGCCAGCAUACUAUCCAACCUCCCCGCCUACAUCCAUCCGCGAACCUGUUACACUCGUCACCCCAACAGCAGAUCACUUACCUGAAGCCGACUCUUAAAGCGCCCUCUAUUCAGCAGUGGCCAACUCACAACCUGGCAUCCCACGAUUCAAAGGUCGAUGCAGCAACAAGGAAGAAGCAGGACGAAUACAGGCGAAAGGGCGAAGCAGCAAGGAGGAAGACGAUAUCAUCCCAAAAUUCAGCGCCGCAGUAUGCUCCAAUCCCUGAACCUGCAUCAACCCCCCGUCGUAAACGCAAAGUCGGGAUCCUCGAUGAUCUAGUCACACCUACCCCAGCUCCGCAUCAUCGCUCUCUGCAUCCAUCGUACGGUCAAAAGCAGCAGAGUGACACUUCCGGCGAUGUAAUAAAUUAUCACUCGACCCCCCAAGAGCCGCUGUCCUACAACAUGGACUGGAUCGGUCAGGAGCAGUAUCACACAUCAAUCCCAUCAUCCCAUCACCCGCAUUCUGCGGGCGUAUUUGGUGCACAACUCCCUCUGUAUCCGUCUCAGCAUCCACCACAUACACCCACGCCACUUCCACCGUCAUCCCUCAACAUUAUCGACCUUGAGACUAUACCUCAACACAUCACUCGUAACUACGAUGAGUACAGAUGGCCAGUCAAGCUCUACCAACUACAAGCCGAAAAAGACUUUGAUUUUGCUGAGUGCUUCUUGGAAAACCACUUCCAGCAAAACAUCUACGAUUCGGAUGAGCAUAAGUGGCGCGCUCAUACAACUAAGGGUUUCAUCAAGGAUGGUGAUAGACUGUCUAUUCUGGUCCUACAUAAUGCAGCAAAUCCGUUCGAGUGGGGCAUGUCACCUGUAUCGACUACCAGUAUUGGUGUAUAUGGAUUGUAUGCCCAUGAGCAUAACGAGAUCCAUUGGACGACUAUCGCCCCCAGUAUUCCGGAGUGGUUCGACUCAUGCUCAAAUCAUGGCUACCUCACUGUCAAGCAAAAAUGGCAUCCCGACAUGAAGGCUUCGGAGAAACGCUUCCAUCGCGCAUAUUGGCUCGCAGCUAACAUGUUGCCGCUUAAUCGCAUAUUGAACAACAGCCUGGCGCCCGAAAAGCCACACGGCUUACUCGAAGACGACGAAGGCGACAGCUUCGUAGUUACGGAGGAGGACCUACAAUACAAGUGGACUGAAGGAACAGUAACAGUAGAGAAUUCGGAGAAGAUCUGGCAGAAGCUCGUCGAUGAAGUGGAUGCGUUGAGUUUGGAAUCGCUCGAUUUUGAGCAUCUUGCUACUGGUGGAUCUGAAAGGGCCUUUGUGGUUGAUUGA